AUGGCUCCGAUCGCGUCGCCAUUCGCACGCCUGAUGCGAGAUCUCGCCCAUGCAUACGCCGCUGUCGCUGCCAGUUUACCACUUCGGACGACUACGACAGAAGAUGCGAAUAGUCUAUCGUCGUCGUCAUCCUCUGCUACAUUCCUCCCCCGCCAGAACACGAACCUGAUCCUCUCCAUCCCAGCCACAUACGGCGGGUUAGACUCUGGGCCUCCGCCCGGCACAGUCGCAGGCAUCGUGCUGGGCACUGUGGGCGGCGUUGUGCUCGUCCUGUGGGUUCUGUACACAGCGCUGUCAUCCCGCCGACGCAGCGGCGGCGGCGGUAGCAUCAGCGACUACAGCUCGACGGUGGUCUCCGAGGUCAUGACGCGGCGCCGGCGGGCGUCGCGAUCGCCGCGCCGCAACAGCAGUCGCCGGCGGCGGACCACGGAGGAAGUCAUCGAGGUCGGCUCGUCGCGUCCCCAGCGGCCGCGAUCGUCACGGCGCGACAACACCGUCAUCGUCGAGGAGUCGGCGACCUCCCCGUCGACGGGCGACGACGUCGUCGAGGUGUUUGAGGAGGAGUCUACGGACUACACGCCGCCGCCGCGGCGCAUGCACAGUCAGCGGUCGUAUCGUCGUGCGGGGUCGUAUGAUUAUGAUGAGGAGUAUCGGCGGUGA